UUUGGUAUUGCUGAUUUUUGACAUUUCUGCUGACAGCAUUGAAGACGGCAAAAGUGUUUGGUCAUUUUCCUAGCCGCUUAUUAUUAAUUCGUUUUUUUCUGAAUUUCCAUCCAAUUUGAGUUAGAAUAUGUUUUUAACACGUGCUGAAUAUGAUCGUGGUGUGAACACCUUUUCGCCAGAGGGACGACUAUUCCAGGUGGAAUACGCCAUAGAAGCUAUCAAAUUGGGAUCCACUGCCAUCGGGAUUUGCACAAGUAGCGGCGUGGUACUCGCUGCUGAAAAACGUAGCACAUCUGAUUUGAUGGUUUCUAGUAGUGUAGAAAAAAUCGUACAAGUAGACCGACACAUUGGAUGCGUUACAUCUGGGCUGACUGCUGAUGCACGUACAUUGAUUGACCGUGCACGCGUUGAAUGCCAAAACUAUUGGUUCAUCUAUAAUGAGUCAAUGCCUAUAGAAUCUUGUGCGCAAGCAGUAUCUGCUAUGGCUAUACAGUUUGGCGACAGUAGUGAUGGUGGAUCGGCUAUGAGUCGCCCAUUUGGUGUAGCUAUGCUAUUUGCCGGAAUUAAUGAGGGUGUUCCUCAGCUUUGGCAUAUGGAUCCAUCGGGAACAUAUGUACGCUACGGUGCCAAAGCAAUCGGUUCUGGUAGUGAAGGUGCGCAGCAAACACUUAAAGAUGAAUAUCACAAAGACAUGAGCUUACAAGAGGCGACAAAACUGGCAAUGUCUAUUCUCAAACAAGUAAUGGAGGAAAAACUGGAAUCGAAGAAUGUCGAAGUGCUGGUUAUGAGACCAAACGAAGAUUUCCGUAUGUUUUCGAAAGAAGAGGUAGAACGGGAAAUAGCUGCCCUGUAGGACGGUGAGUGUGAAUGACGUCUGUCGGGGAUGCGACCAUAUAUAAAUGCAUUCAAUUUGGUACUUUGUAUUUAAAUAAAAUAUAAUAAAAUUAUAA